AUGGCUCUUUCCGCACCCAGCACAGACCCCCAAGUCCUUAUCGCACAAGAAACAAGCAAUGAGCAAAUCUUCCCAGCAUUCACAGCCGAUACCGCUUGGCAAUUAGGAACCGCCCUCAGAGACCGAAUCCUCGCGCUGCCCGCUGGACAGCGCAAACCAGCCCUGGUCUCCAUCGCGCUCACCGGGGUCCCACUGCACGUGGUGUUCCAGUCUGCGACGGAAAGCGGCACCAUCCCGGAUAACGAGAACUGGGUGCGACGGAAGCGCAACACGGUGCUCCGUUUUGGUGUUUCGAGCUGGGCGAUGCGACAGAAGACUGUUGGUGGGCUGGAGGCUGGUGCUUCGGCGGACCAGAUCGAGGCGGCUUUUGUGAAGAAGUAUGCUGUGCCCAGUGCCACUGGUGGUGCUGUUGCGGAUGAGUAUGCUAUUCACGGUGGUGCUUAUCCGAUUCGUGUGCGUGGCGUGGAUGGGGUUAUUGGUGUUGUGGUUGUUAGUGGGUUGAAGCAGGAGGAUGAUCAUCAGGUUGUUGCGGAGACUAUCAAGGAGUUUAUUGCGCAGCAGAAGCAAUAG